AUGAUCAUUUAUUGGUUAUCAUUAUCCACUAUUUAUAUUAUUUCAUUAACUCUUGCUAAUCCAACUAAUUUAACUGGAAAACAUCGUAAGACAUUAGAUGAUUCAUCAUCAGCUAGCGGUCGAUCAGCUAUUUCAAUUAUUGAAGAAGAUAAACGAUGUUUUGCUUGUCCAAUAAUUCCUGAUACAGGCAUUCAUAGUCGAUGUAUUGUACCUUGUCAUUAUAAUCAAAGAUGUUAUUUGAGAGCGUCUCAUGCUAAUGCUACACUCGCUGAUCGUCGUUGUACUGACGAACGAUGGGUACGUGAUUUACUUGUCGAUGGUUGUCUUACAUACAAUGGUCAAUAUUGGUGUAUGUGUUCAACUGAUUUAUGUAAUUCCGGUGACUUUACAUCCAUUCGUGGUUAUGAUGAUUGUUCAAAUGAACCAUGUCCAUGGGGUACAAUAUGUCUUGAUACAAAAGAUGGAUUUAGUUGUAUAUGUCCACCAUGGCAAGAUGAUUGCACUUAUGCUUUUAAUAUUGGUUGUUCUUGUAAAAAUGGGGGUCGAUGUAUUAUGGGUCUUGGAUCAUACAUAUGUGAAUGUCCAUAUGGUUAUAAUGGAUUAAGUUGCGAAACAAGAGAUAUAUGCAUCCCAAAUCCAUGCAUGAACGGCGGUACAUGUCAAUCACAAGGCUUACUUAGUUUUACAUGUCAAUGUCGACCAGGAUUUCAAGGACUUACUUGUCAGAUAUGCGACGCUUGUAUACCAAAUCCCUGUCAAAAUGGCGGUACAUGCGUUUUUGAUGAUGCAACAGGGUAUUUUCGAUGUACUUGUCCAUCAGGAUAUACAGGUCGUACAUGUGAUAUUGGCAGUACAGUAACUGUUCCUCCUUCUAAUCCAUGUUCACCAAAUCCUUGUAAGAACGGGGGUACAUGCCAACCAACUAAUACAGGAAGUUUUACAUGUACAUGUCCUGCUGGUUAUCAAGGAGUUUGUUGUGAAAUUCGUUCAGAUCCUUGUUCGCCUAAUCCAUGCAGAAACGGUGGCACAUGCCAACCGACUAAUACAGGAAGUUUCAUGUGCUUAUGUCCUGUUGGUUAUCAAGGAAUUUGUUGUGAAACUCGUAUAGAUCCAUGCUCACCGAAUCCAUGUCAAAAUAAUGGUAUUUGUACAGCAAGUGGUACCUCUGCUGUUUGUACAUGUGUGACUGGAUUUACUGGGCAACGUUGUGAAACACGAGAUGCUUGCAAUCCAAAUCCUUGUUUGAAUGGAGGUACAUGUAUACCAAAUGGAUUUGGUGGAUUUACUUGUCAAUGUCCACCAGGAUUUAGUGGCCAACGAUGUGAAGAUCAAGAUGGUUGUGUUAGUCAACCAUGUAAAAAUAAUGGUGUUUGUGUAAGUUCAGGUGGUGGUGCAUAUACAUGUCAAUGUCCAACGGGAUUUGAAGGACAAAAUUGUGAUCAAGUUGAUAUUUGUGGUGUAAAAAAUCCAUGUAUUUGUGGUACAUGUCAAAAUGAUCCAUCUGCUCCUCAAGGUUUUCGUUGUUUCUGUCCGCCUGGUUAUUCAGGAGAUCGAUGUGAAAAAUUAAUCAGUUGUAUAGAUAGCGGAGAAGAAUGUAUAAAUGGUGGUGAAUGUAUACAACGUCCAAUUGGUGAUUAUAUUUGUUCAUGUCCUUUUCCAUAUUGUGGUUCACGUUGUCAAAAUCAACGACCAUUCUGUGAUGGAACAAACUCUGCUGUUACGCCAACAGUAACAACAUUAAAUCCUGCAUGUUCUUCCAGUCUUUGUAAUAAUCGUGGUACAUGUCAACAAAAUGGAUAUGGAAAAGGUAUACAAUGUUAUUGUUCAGCAGGAUGGUCUGGUCCACGAUGUCAAUAUGCUAUGCGAACAAAUGCUGAUCGUAGCCAAGAUUUAAUAUUAAAACAUAAUCGAACCAUUUCGACAAGUACUACUGCGCAUACUAGACGACCACGUACAUAA